AUGGGUCCUACUCCUAGAGUAUAUCCUUCUGGAUGUGAAAAAAGAAAGAUAAAGGAUAAACGAGACGAACUUGAUCGAUCUAUGAAAAGAAGAGGAGGUUUGCAUAGAUUUUUUGAUGCCGAACAAGUUAAUAUUAUAGAAAUAGAUGAAGAAUUGGUGAACGAGGAUAUCAAUGAUAAUGAAACAGUGGAGUUAGAAAAUCCAACUGUAGAUGGCAACCAAGAAACGAAAACAACCAAGGAUGGAGGUGACAAUGAUCCACAAGUUGAACAAGUGUUGAGUGAGCAAAAUGAGUCAAAUAAUACUCAAUUGGCGACCACUGGUUUUAAGGAUUGGAAAAAUCUUGCUCAUAGACUACAUAGUAAUGAAGGAAGCAACGAACAUAUUAUUUGUAUCAGUAAGUGGAUCGAAUUGGAGAUGCGGCUAAAGAAAAAUGAAACAAUUGAUAAAGGUUUGCAAGAGCAAAUUAAUAGAGAGAAAAAUUAUUGGCGGAAAGUAUUGGUUCGAAUAAUUGCACUUGUGAGAACUCUUGCACAACAAAAUUUGGCAUUUAGAGGGGACAAUGAAACACUUCAUAAAGAUGGGAAUGGGAUUUUUUUGAAGUUCAUUGAAAUGGUUGCAAUGUUUGAUCCCAUAAUGCAAGAGCAUGUUCGAAGAAUUGAAACAAAAGAGAUUCAUUACCAUUAUCUCGGUAACAAGAUUCAAAAUGAAUUGAUUAAUUUAUUGGCUGGUGAAGUCAAGAGGGCUAUCGUGGAAAAAAUAAAAAAAGCAAAAUACUUCUCUGUUAUACUUGAUUGUACACCUGAUGUAAGCCAUAAAGAGAAAACGACUCUUGUGAUACGAUGCGUGGACGUUACUGUAAGCCAAAUAAAAGUUGAGGAGUUUUUUUUGGAGUUUCUGAAAGUGGAUGAUACAACAGGACUUGGUCUUUUUAGUGAACUAGAAGAGGUAUUAGAUACUCUUGAGCUAGACAUCAAUGAUAUAAGAGGUCAAGGUUAUGAAAAUUGGUCGAAUAUGAAGGGAAAACACAAAGGUGUACAAAAGAGAUUACUUGAUCGAAAUCCAAGAGCUUUCUACAUGCCAUGUGGUUGUCAUAGUCUGAAUCUUGCACUUUGUGAUAUGACCAGCUGUUGUCUCAAAGGUAAAUUUUUUUUUGGGGUUAUUCAACGAAUAUAUUGCUUAUUUUCUGCUUCAACAAAAAGGUGGGAUAUCAUGAAGGCUAAUGUUAUUGGUCUUACUCUUAAACCAUUGUCCCAAACACGAUGGGAAAGUCGUAUUGAAAGUGUGAAACCAUUGCUACGACAAACGGAAGAAGUUAGAAAUGCUUUACUUGAGUUGGCACACAGCGAUGAAGAUGGAACAAUAACUAGUGAAGAUGAAGGUUUGAUCAUAAAUGAAUUCGAAAACUUUGAUUUUUUGAUGAAUUUGGUUAUUUGGUAUGAUUUAUUAUUUUUUGUGAAUAGUGUCAGCAAGACACGUCAAAAUGAAGACAUGCAUAUGGAUGAAGCUUUGCGGCAGUUGAAAGGACUCAUCAUUCUUGUUGAAGAUUAUAGAGAAACAGGAUUUGAGAAAGCCAAAAAAGAAGCUCAACUUAUUGCCACCAAAUUGGGUGUUCAACCCUUAUUUCGGACGAGACGGUGGGUAGGAAUUGUUGUUGUUGAGGGGUGUUGUUGUGUUGUGGGGUUUGAGUGUGGGGAGCCAUUAGGACGGCGUGGUGUGAGGGGAACGGUUGCUGCGGGUGGUGAAGGUGGUGCUGGUGGUGGUGGUGGUGGUGGUGGGGUGGCGGAGCGGAGGAAUCUUGUGAAUCCAUGA